UCAUUUGGAAUCAAUAUUAUUUUUCACAAUACAGUGAGUUGGGUCUAUUCAGUUGCAAAAUUCAAUCGACGGCUAUCUGUAGGUAGAUCGGAGUACAACUUUUCCGAUCAGAAUAUGGAGGCGGCUCCCUCCAAUCCCACUCAUCAUAUCAUCUCCACCGCAAACUCCGCCCCUUCCGCCGCAAUUAGUAUGAACGCCUCCGUCGCGAGCCACCGUAAUCCGCUAAGAGUUGACUGGCCGACGGUAGACGGACCACUGGGUCUCAUGGAGCAGGAAUCCAUCGAUCAGGCGCGUAGAUUCUUCAAGUUUGGAUUUUUACUCCUCCCUUGGCUUUGGGCUGUCAAUUGCUUAUACUUUUGGCCAGUUCUUCGUCGUCCUAGCUCCUAUUAUCACCGAGAUCUCCGCCGAUAUGUUGUCAGGUCAGCAAUUGGUUUCACGGUGUUCGCUGUUAUCCUCACAAGUUGGGUUGUUACCUUUUCUGUUGGAGGAGAGCGUCUAUUUGGUCAUGCGCGGAACAAGCUAGUAAUGUACAACGUUGCUGAAAAAUAUGGUUUGACGGGGUGGAUCUAGGUACUUGUCGCAUUCGUUUGUGGUCAAACAUGCCUGCUAGAUACAAGAUUUGUAUAUAUUCUUCCCUUGAAAAAGACUCUGAGACUGGAAUAUCUCAGUUAGACAGUUACCAUGACACUAUUAAGUAGUGAGGAAACCAGAGAAGAGGUGCUCCUUUUAAACUCAAUUGUAUGGAAAACCCAAAGGUAUACAUUGCAGGCUGCAGCUUGGAAGUUGUCA